UGGUUGACAGCUGAAUAAAAAUGAUUUUUUUGGCACUUCUUAAUUGAAUUACGACAACAUUUGUCAAUGCAUUAUGUUCUCUAUAACCGAUACCGAAACUGUUUGUACUUUCAUACAAUUAGACGUGUAUUUAAGAUCAAAAUGACGUGGAGAAAGGCGAUUAUUUUCUUGAUCAUAGUCGCACUGUUUUCUGGCUUUGUCUUUCUGUAUACCUGCGGAAAUGACUCGUGCAGUCCAAACGCAAUAUUGCCUGCCGUGGUGUCCGACAUCUCCCAGAUAACUGAUUCCUUCAAUGCAUACAAGGAUGGACGCCUUCCUUACAACAACUUCAAUGACACUGUUUUCGUCGAGUCACACCCAGUCAACUUCGACAAAGAAGAUGUGAUAGUUUUUCUGCACAUUCAGAAAACAGGAGGAACCUCCUUUGGAAGGCAUCUAGUAAAAAAUCUUGAACUCGAAUCUCCGUGUAAGUGCCAUCGUAGGAAAAAGCGAUGUGAUUGUUACACUUCUAAAAAAACAAUUUGGCUUUUUAGCCGAUAUUCCACCGGCUGGGUCUGUGGACUUCAUGCAGACUGGACAGAAUUAAAUUCCUGUGUUGAAGAGGCUAUGAAUAAAAAGGAAAAGAAAAUAAGAAAGAGAAGGUAUCAUUACAUUACAGUACUGAGAGAUCCGGUGAAGCGUUUUCUAAGCGAGUGGAAACAUGUACAACGUGGAGCAACUUGGAAAACAGCCAAGCUGGUUUGCAAUGGACAUAGUGCCGUUGGAAAUGAGGUCCCGCUCUGCUUUAACGGGACUGACUGGUCAGAUGUGACCCUGGAUGAAUUCUUAAGCUGUAAACACAACUUGGCUAAAAACCGCCAAACUCGUAUGCUUGCAGAUCUUGCAAAGGUUAAUUGUUACAAUACCAGUAGCAUGACACCUGAAGAUCGGGACCAAAAAAUACUAGAUAGUGCCAAAGAAAAUCUUUUAAAUAUGGACUUUUUCGGUCUUACAGAAUUCCAGUUAAGAACACAAAAGCUGUUUGAAUACACCUUUGAUAUACACUUCAAAAAGGAAUUUGAACAGCUACCCGUCACCCAUAGUGACAGAACAGAUAUUUCUAAAAGACAGAAGUCUGAAAUAUUAGAACAGAAUAAACUAGAUAUUGCUCUCUACCAGUAUGCAAAAGAUCUGUUCCUUCAAAGAACGAAAAAGAUGCGUGAAAAAACUGGUGAUACGUUCGUAGAAAGGGAUUAUGAUUUAUUGGAGACGAAGGAUCAGUUUGAUGACUCGGUUGACUUUGCAGAUGAUGAGGACGAUGAUUCUUGAUGAAUACCACGUUUCAAAAUUCAAGAAUUUUCACUUUUUAGUGUCUGCCAUAUUUUAUUUACAAAGUUGUUCUUGUGAAUCUACAUGUAUUUGUAUCUUAUUUUAUGAGCCAUGGUUUUCACUUAAAUUUAUAAUGUGUGAAUCAGGAAGAAUAUUUGAGUAAUUAAGUGUCGUGAGUCAGGGUAUUUAACGAGUCUUUCCAGAGCCUUUUAUUGGAUCCUUUUACAAAAGUUUCGACACUUUGAAUUCAUUAAAAUCAUGCACUUUCACACAUACAAAAUACAAGAUUUUAGUGUUAAAAACUACAUUUAGCGUAGUAUGCACAUUUCUGGGGUGGAUCCAGGAUUCAACUUAAGAGGGGGCGUAAGUUAGGGCGUAACCUUUUAACUUAUGCCCCUCCCUCAGAACCAUUUGUUGGAUUGGGGUUCGGGGUAUUCUCCUAAGAAAAUUUUAACAAUUGCUAGUCCGAAAAUGUGCAUUUUGGCCGUAUUUUAUUUAUUUUUUCUCUUACAUGUACAUUGAAAGUAAAGGAAACUUGUACGAUUUUAGGGGGCAUGCACCUGGCUAGUGACCUGGAUCCGCUAGUGCAUUUAGAAAAUUACCAUUGGUUGCGCCAUAAGCAAGUAGAGAAUCAUUUGACAGUUCGUGACUUGAGAUAUUCAGGGUAAAGCUGCACUCUCACAGAUUGACAGAUUUGAUAGAAAAAUAUUUUUUGUCAUAGAAUAAGUCAGUAUUUGAGGAAAUGUCUGAAAACCAGUGAUAUGCAUGUAAGUUUGCUGACAAAAGAUCACAUCGCAGGUUUUUAUAUGUUUUAUUUUUAUGCAGAAAACUGUGAUGUGAUCUUUUAAUGACAGCAGUCUUGUAUAAAUGGUUUCCAGACAUUUAUGCAAAAUUGGCUCAUUCCGAGACAAAAAUUUGAAAUUUUCAAAACGGUUUAUCUGUAAGAGUGCAGCUCUAAGAAACACCUGCUUAAGGGAAUGGUGCCUUUGCUUUAAAUUGGCUUUUGAUGGGUGAAAAAUGUAUAACAGAAUUUCAAAUGGUUUAUAUACCAUAAGAAAUAGUCAGUCACAUUUUAUCGGUAAGAUCAGUUUUUCUCCCAACUCAAAUAAUUACAUGUAGAUCCAAAAAUUUAACUUUAAAUUCUUAUCUUGCACACAGGCAAACAUAAAACAAGUACCCGUAUGGAACUCCUUUUUAAUGGUCAUCGCAUUGUAAUUACCUCCCUUAUUGAAGACUUUCGUCUGUAGCCUCAUAGAAGCCUAGUCAUGUGGCAAUAUUUAGAAUGCUAAUUAAUUAUUUCUCGCCCUCGCCAUACCCUCGGGUCGGGAUGAACCUAUUUCACACUCUCGGCCAUGGAAGAUACUAAGUGUAACCAUUUUGUUAAAAUGUAGGUUUGAGAAAAUAUUUGUAAUUUGAUAAGCGAAACUGGUAAAUUUUGUCAGUUUGUGAAGAUAUACAGAUUCUGGGAAUAAGUAUGGUAGCUGAAGAGGGAAACAAUAAUUAAAGUUUUGAACAGAUGGGUACAAGGGUCUUAACAAAGCAUUCUGUGACAGAUAACUGAUGUGGUCCACGUAAUGCUGGAUAUUCUAUAUGUAUUUGCGAGUUUAAACCCUGCCAAGUGCAUGUGUAUAUAUCAUUAGCUUUUCCGUUCUUCGAAGCAAUAAAGUGGAGGCAUUGUCAUAGUCAUGUUGUUGUUGGCUGGCACCAUUGUUGUCAUUAGUAAGAAAAAAUAUUUGUAUUCAGUUUGGCAAUCAUGUUACCAGUGACAAUGUGAUUGAUGCAUAUACAAAGGGGCGGAACGCUAGCUUGAAUAGUUUUUGAGUUAUGCCCCUUGGUGUCAUAUCACAUGGGGGAAAUUGGUGGAGUGCUAGUAUCUGUUCAUGGUGCUCGUGUAUUAUGUACAUCUUACUCCAGAUUGUAACGCCAGGCUGCAUGUGAAAGCCAUCAGAUGAGGUGACUGGUUUUGCUUGUUUACAUGAUUCAAAGUAGCAACAAUAUGUUAUAAUUUCUUCUUUUGUUCAGUGAUGAAAAUUACUUCUUGCACCGGAUUUUCAAUCUCAUUUUUUUAUAAAAUAAAAAAAGGCUUAUAAUUCCAAAAUAAACUAUAAAACCGAAAAUGUGAUUGAUUGUUUUUAUAAAUAUCCACUUA